UUGAAACUAUUCUAUCAUCUUCCAAUUCCACAACUUGUUCAAUUUCAGCAACACUUUAUUCUUUGUCAUGGAAGUAGAGUGGAAUAUUCAAUUCAAGAUAUUUUGGCUCACAUACACACUGUCAUCAGUUACAGUAUCAGCGGCUAAUCCAGGACAACUUAUUGCAAAUGAAACAAAGUCAUCACCAAGUCACGUGACAUCAGUGAAAGGCUCUUCACUAUGGUUAACAUGGGGAUAUGAGUAUGGUGGUGAUAGUCCCGGAGUAAUAGUCUACAGAGAACAAAUAAUUGGAUUUAACAGUUCUUCACAGGCAGCACUGCAACCUGUAGCAAAGAGGACAGGAUCAAAUGGUUUGCUUCAGCUUGUGCCAACUGUUCCAGCACCAUUCUCUGGAAGGCUCACAGUAAUACCAUCCAACGAUACACUGGUGAUCAGUGGAUUGAAGUACAACGACACUGCUUACCAAUUUGCAUCAUAUGUUAUUUUAGACUUCACUUUUGGUGGUACAACCACCUCAAAUAAUGGUUACCUCAAACCAGUUGUCAGCAUUACAAUCAACGGAGUACCAGAAUUCAUCACACCACCUCCAGCUACAGUUGAAGUGAAUGAAAAUUCAAACUUAGAAAUAGCAAUUGAAAUGGAUGGAAACCCUGCGCCAUCAGCUGAUUUUCUUUGGCCUCAUCUUGGUGAUGGUGGGACAACUGUUGCUGGUAGCCAAAUUUACCCAUAUGUUUAUUCAGCAAAGUUUUCACGUCCAAAUAUAGCGGCUACUUUUUGUGGAAGAAUAUUGAAAUCUUCAGUGAAGAACAGUAUUGGGUCAUCACUUGCCAGAGACACCAAUGUCACUGUUUUACUGAAUCUUGAUGGCAAUCCGAAUUUGCAAGCAAGAAAGAUAAACGUAGACAGUUGUGUCGAAGUGAAAUGGACGAAGGCCGAAUCUGGGGCUUGUUACGUGAAAUACGAAGUGAGAUUGAAGAAUGCCUCAGGGACUGUUUAUACUGAAACUGGAUAUAACAUCGAUGAAAUAAAGAAAUGCAAGAUUCAAGGAAACGUGAAUAUCACUGACGUUGAAAUGACGAUGAGUUUCAAGAGUACUUCAAAGGUCUUCACUGCCAAAGUCUCAGAAACACCUAUCCCAUUAACACUUCCGCCGACUAUUUCUUCAAAAACUUCAAAAACACCGGUACCAAGUUCAAGUGAACCAACAACGAGAACAGACACGACCCACAAAUCAACAGUUAAGGAGAAGACAAGUGUUCAGCCAACAGCAUGUAAAGAAAAACAAGUGAAUAGCGAUGAAGAGAAAGACAACAUAAUCAUAGCGCUUUCAGUACUGAUUGCGGUCUUACUCAUUGCCAUGGCCACAAUGGUGAUCUGUGUCUUCAGAAUAAAGGCAAAACUAACACAAGCUCAAGACAAUGGAAAUAAAAGGAAUGAAGAGCCAAAGGAGACACAUUACAUGGAUCUGCAGGGACAAAUUGCAACCACCAAUUCAACUUACGCAGGCUUGCAAUCACCAUACGAAGAGAUUCACGAUGCUGCUCGGAAUUAUGAAAAUACGAAGCACCUUUCAAGUGUUUUAUGAGCUCAAUCUGCACAUAUUUCUUAUUAUUUUUGGCUUUUAGAAAAUCAUAAUCUUCUGUUAUCUUGUCAAUAUAAAAUUAUUAGGUUGAUAUUUUUCAUAUCUUCUAGACCUUUCUAAAGUAGAAAUUUUUGUUAUUUUAUUUAGAAAUCGGAUACUCUUUCUAAUAAUUGUAAACUUAUUUGAUUAUAAUAGAUUGGAAGAGGCAAAUGGAAAGAAGUUUCUUGAAUGACAUUUUGUUGCUGAUCUUUUACAAAGAUCGAAAAUAGUACUUACCUUGAACAAUGCUAAAAGUUGUUCUACGCCAAAGCAGUCAACAAGAAUAACUUCUUUAAAAUGUUGUAUAUCAUCUUUCUUUCAACAAACCAAACAUGAAGUCGUCAGUCUGUUUUUUGACACCUUCGUGACUUCUUUACAUGACAGUAUCAAUCAGUUAAUGCGUGAAAUGAGUUCUCUAGCACGUGUGUACGCUUACAUUUAUUCUAUAACCCAUCUACAAACUACAGGGGCUAUCCAUAAAGUCCUGAAGGGACACAGAAAAAACAUCUUCGUUUUUUUCAACUGCCUAUUUUUAUUUUACCCUUAAAAAUUCAUGGAGAAUAACGUUCAACAACUUAAGUUGAACAGUUUACAAACCAGCACAAUCAAUUCAAAUUAACAAAAACAUGAUUAGUUCUUGCAGGUAGUCUAGAAUUGAUAAUAAUAAAGCAUCUCUACUAAGUCGAUAUGUUUUCCAAUUGUGCUAGUAAGAGUUCAUGUGAGAGACAAUCAAAUGCUUUGGAGACAUCCAUAAGGACAGUGCUCAAGAUUCCAUAUCAAUGGCUGUACGAAAGCCACAAAGGAGCGGGGAUAGCAGGUGACAAAUAAAAGUGUAUAGUUGAUUGAAAAUAAUUCUAUCAAAUAUUUUUGAAAUAGCAGGCAAGAUACUGACUGGUCUAUAAUAUUUCUUGCUGGUCAGUGAAUCUUUCUUAAAUGUCUUAGAAUACACUAACAAAAAGACUGGUUAAGAACAGACGUGGCACGAUGUAAAAAGUAAAAAUAUAGCAAACUAAACAACUAAAGUGACAAAUAGGUUUGGAAGAAAGACACCAAAAUUGUGAAAAGAUCUUCAUCAUCAUAGAAGAGGAACUAAAACUGUACGAAAAAAAAUUUAUUGACGAAUUUCUAGCAACAACCAAAAUAUGGUUUGGGAAAUUAAAGUCAAAGGUUUAAGCAGACAAUAUAGAGAUAAACGGGAUAGAAAAAUGCUUUUUAUUAACGAUGAGCUUUUUAUUCCCCAUGAAUCCUCUAUUUGUUGAACAUUAUUCUGAGCUUUUUGCUAUUCUGCACAUGCGCUGGCCUCUCUUUCAAACGAGAGAGCCUCGAUUUUAAAUCUAGCAUGAAUUUUGUGAAUCUAGCAUAGUUUUAUGACAAUUUCAGCAUAAUUGCGAAAUUGAGAUCUGGUCACACUGCUUGGACGUUGAGUUAAAGUUAUUUUUAUCUAGCCUCGUUUUUACAUUGCAUUGUUUUCUUUACGCCUCUUAGUAUACGUUUCAUUAGCCAAAUUUGGUAUUUCCGUUUUGCGUGCUAUUGCUUUUCCUCAUUUACUUCCGGUAGCUAUAAAGGUAUUGCACCCCACAUUUUGGGUUGGUUUUUUUACUCGCCUUGUAUUUCGCUGUGUUAGGGGCAAUUUUCUAUUGUUUCACGUGCAGCUUUGGCCUGGUAGUUUCUUCUCGCUGUGUUUGGCUGUCAUACAAAGUUUUAUGGCUACGAGAAAUAAUGGAUUCUAAAUUUGCAUGUAUUUAUAUGCAGAUACAUCUCACUUUGUUUGUAAUUAGUUCAUAUCUGGCAUGUUCUAGUUUAGUUGGGUUUUUUUCGUAGGUUUAUAUCCUUAAAUGCUAACAUUCAUUAGCCUUUGAUAAUUAUUCGUUUUCAUAAUAUUGUAAUAUCAAGCUUCUAUUCGUAUUCUCAAUUUAUAAUCUUUAUAAUUUUUCUUUAGUGAAUUACGUUUAACACAUCACCACGGAACCUGUGUUGUUUCUUGCUGUGUUAUCUGCUGAGGAUUUUAGUGUGGUGCGCUCGAUUUACCAAAAGUAGUCAGAAUUACGAAUUGUGGACUACACUCUUAUAAGAU